UAGAUAUUUUCGGUACAUAAUUUAGCAAAAAUUGCUUUUUGCGGAAGUAUUCUUAUAACAACUAUGGGAUAUACUUUAAAUUAUUAUAUUGAUAAAAGAAUUCGAAGCACAUUAGUAUAUAGAAGCGCACUGGAAAUAUUUUAUAAUCAUAAGAAGACUAUUGAACAUUUGGGACAACCGAUAAAAGAAGGAAAAAUAAAAGCUGAAUCUAAUAAUGAAAAUAAUGAUAUUAAGAAAUUCAGUCUUCAUGUAAAAGGAAAUAAUACUACAGGAAAAUUAAAUUGUGAGUAUCAAGUUGAGUUAGACAAAAGUGAAAUCAAGAUAAAAAAAGUAGAAAUUGAAUUUAAUGAUGUUCCUAAUAAAAUCUUUGUGAUUCAUGAACAGAUAUAAUAAUGAAAUAUA